AUGGCGGCGGGGCGGCCGCGGAGCCGGCGGGUCUUCCUCAACCACCUCGACUCCUACUGCGGCCGCAGCAUCGGCGAGUAUUUAUCCAGGUGUGUUGUGGGGGCAUCGCUUGAAAGCAUAGGAGAAGAAGAGGAAGAUGAAAAUAAUUCAGCUGCUGAAGUUCCUAGUAGGCCAAAGGAGGGAGUCUAUCAAAUAGUGGGUACCCUUUCUAAACCAGAGAGUACUAAACCAUGUUUUGCAGAGGAAACAUAUGCAGUCUCUUCUCAAAAAGAGCUCUUAAGUCAUUUGCUUGAGUGUGAGAUUGUUUUAUACAAUAUCACUGAGGAUACAAGUCAAAUUGAGGAAGCAACAUGGGCUGCUUCUGCUCUACAUAUGGAAAUAGAGCAUUUUACAACACCGAAGUUAUUCAUCCUCAUUUCAACAAUAAUGAGCUGGGCAAAAAGCAAACCCCCUGACCCUGAAGAUCCUGAGAUUCCUUUUACUGAUGAAGAUUAUCGCAGAAGAAAAUCUCAUCCUAACUUUAUGGAUCACAUAAAUGCUGAAAAACUCAUUCUCAAAUUUGGGAAAACUAACAAACAUAAAUUUUCAACUUAUGUUGUUGCCUCAGGACAUCAAUAUGGAGCUGGGGAAGGAGUCUUGCACUACUUUUUUAAGAUAGGUUGGCUUAGUGAGACUCCUGCAAUACCUGUUUUUGGAGAUGGAAACAAUUUUAUCCCAACCAUUCAUGUUCUUGAUUUAGCAGCAGUGUUACAAAAUGUAGCAGACCACAGGCCAAGGUCUCACUAUAUACUUGCAGUAGAUGUAUCAAUGCACACUCUUGAAGAAUUAAUAAAGUGUAUCAGUAAAAAUGUUGGACCAGGAAAAAUUGAGAAGAUUCCAAAAGAAAAUGCAUUCCUGAGCAAAGAGUUAACACAAAUGCAUUUGGAUAUGUUGCUUGUGAACCUGCGAAUGGAACCUAUGUUUCUGAAAGAGGCUUUCAACAUUAAAUGGGUUGCUCAGGCAGGACUGGUGGAGAACAUUGAACAAAUCGUCAAAGAAUACAAGCAAAGUCGAGGAUUACUGCCUCUCAAAGUUUGCAUUCAUGGUCCUCCUGGGGUUGGCAAAUCUACCAUUGCUGAAGAGCUCUGCAAACACUACAAGCUACAUCACAUUAAGAUAAAUGAUGUGAUUUCUGAAACAAUAGCAAAUCUGGAGAAAGUUGUGGGUCCUAAAGAACUGGACACUGACAGUGUGGAAGAAGAGGGAGAAGAUGAUGAAAAGGAGGAGGGUAAAAAUGUAGAAGCAGCACGCGAGUUAUUAGCUGGAAUAAAAGAAAGCAUGGAGCAGAACAGAGGUCAUCUAGAUGAUCAGUAUGUUGUUAAAUUUGUGAAGGAUAAGCUCAAAUCUAUGCCUUGUAGGAAUCAGGGAUAUGUUUUAGAUGGGUUCCCAGAAACCUAUGACCAGGCAAAAGAUCUUUUUAAUUUGGAAAGUGAAGAUGAAGAAGAAGAAAUUAAAGGCAAAAUACCUAAAUCUGAUAAAUUAAUCACACCUGAAUUUAUUAUUUCUUUGACCGCAUCUGAUGAAUUCCUUAUAAACAGAAUAAUAAAUCUGCCAGAGAGAAUUGUUGCUGGAACUCAUUAUACCCAGGAUCGGUUCCUGCAAUCUCUGAAUCUCUUCAGAGAGUUAAACACAGAUGAUAAGACUGUUCUCAACUAUUUUGAUGAACUUGAAAUACAUCCUCAGUUUAUUGAUGUAGCCAAAUUUGAAGAUCCUGAGAACAGAUUUAUUGUAAAAAAGAUCAUCAAAGAAAUUGGGGAACCUCGGAAUUAUGGUUUGACAGAUGAAGAAAAGGAGAAUUUGGAACGCAAAGCAGCUGAGGAACGCCUUGUCAAAGAAGCUCAAGUAAAAGCUGAACAAGAGCGUAAAGAAGCUGAGGAAAGGGCUGAAAGGAUGGCAAACUGGGAAGAGUGGAAUAAACAUCUGGAGGAAGUGAAAAUACAAGAACGGCAGUUGUUGGAGGCCCAGUCCAUUCCACUACGAAACUAUUUAAUGAAGAAUGUCAUGCCGACACUUAUGCAAGGAAUAAAUGAAUGCUGUAGGAUCAGGCCAGAUGAUCCAGUCGAUUUUCUGGCAGAAUAUCUCUUCAAGAACAGUCCUGAUAUUGAAUGA